GUGGAAUGUUAUCUCACCAGCAAAGACGAAACAACGUCGCCUGUCGUCUCUUCGACUUCAAGCUGGCAUCCGCGGCAGGGAUGACGAUGGGAUCAGAUGCGCGGCACCACAUGGCAGAGAGCGGUCAAGGCUCAGUCACGCCGUCGCCGUCGCGUGUUGAUUCGCAUCAUCAUCAAUAUCAAUCAGGUGCCACGCCUACUUCCUACUACACUCAUCGCGCUGGACUGUCUCCUUCCGCUCUCCCGGCAAAAGAAACAAGAAUCAUGUAGUGGAGACAGCCGCCGGUCUGCAGGUGGAGUCCCUUCUUGCGAAGUUUCAUUCACUCGCGACACACAACACACCUACACACACCGGCGAGAAAGACAGUGUCCGCCUACAGACAUAGAACAUGGACAACAGAGCGAGACACCUCUCACGUCGUUAAUAAAUAGUAGACCGAGCCACCAUCUGCAAUUACUAACACCACCUACACGACCCUCUCUCGACAACAUGGCCAACCACGCGCCUCCCUCGAACCUCGAGGCCAAACUCGUCGUCCUCGGCUCACAAGGCGUAGGCAAGACAUCUCUCGUCCAUCGCUACGUCAAAAACAGCUUCAUCGAACCCUCCAAAUCCCAAUCUACAGUCGGCGCCUCCUUCCUCACCACUCGAGUCAACGAUCCAGAAAGCGGCGCAACUAUCCGUCUACAAAUCUGGGACACCGCCGGCCAAGAACGUUUUCGUUCCAUUUCCCGUUUAUACUACCGAGGAGCGAACGCAGCCAUCCUCUGCUACGACGUGACAUCCAAGAAAUCCUUUGACGACAUGGGCGUUUGGCUGAAGGAACUCAAAGACAACGUCGGAGAGGACGAGGAUAUGAUCUUGCACAUUGUGGGCACGAAGAGCGACGUGGUGAGCAAAGAGCCUUGGAGGAGAGAGGUGCCGUUCGAGAGAUGUAUAGGCUAUGUCGCGGACCAGCUGCUGCCGCCUGGUUCGCAACAGGUGGCCAGCAAGGACCUGGUCGGGAGUAUGAGUCCGCAGGCUGUGUCUAUGGUCCAUUCUCCGCCACAGAGUCGACAAAGUGGUCUGUACCCGAUACAAUCUGCUACGAAUGAACGUGCGAACAACCCGGUGCACAGCCCGAAGAGUAAUCGUAGUUCUGGAUUUUGGGGACAGAGCGAUUCGACUUUUGUGUGGGACUGCUGUCACGAGAUCAGUGCCAAAGAUGGAGAAGGCAUCGAAGAGGUGUUUCGAGUGGUGACGAGAAAGCUGAUUGAGCAAAAUGCUCGAAGGCUAGAGAAGUUGAGAAUCCUGGAAGAGAUUGCCGGCAAGACUCCAGGAUUCGAGGGAGGGAAUGGCACACCCGGUUGCUAUUUCGACAUUCCACAGGUUGGGAACGGCAGCUUUCGCUUGGGCCACGGAGAUAAGAGAAGGAGUUGGUUGGGAGCUCUUACGCCGGGAGGUAUGACGAAUUACAGCGAUCAUGACAUGCAAGAGGAAGUGAACAAGGGCAUGAAGAAGGGACGAUGCUGCUGAUUCUCUUCUAUCACCGCUCUUUCAUACUGUAUCGAAUAUUGGCGAUGGCGCUUUUUGGUGUUUCUGUCGGGUGUUUUUAUGGGAUGGAUUGAUGAACGAACAUGUUUAGCAGCAGCAACAGGACGAGUGCCAAGGACCACAGCGACGAGGAGGGUUUAUGGAAAGACCAACAGCAUACUUCUUUUUGGGACAACAGAUGCUACGAUUGUAUUUGCCGCGAGGCUUGAUACCCUGUUUUUCUGUGUUUGGCGCUGGAGGAUUCAGCAGGCGUGCGGGCGGGUCAGAUGUGUAUUGUUGUUGUAUACAUACGGUACCUGGGCUGUAAUGAUACAUGAU